AUGGCACCGUCUUUCCGCAGCAACAAGCGCCUCGGCCAAGACGAGACUGCGCUGCUGCUCAAGAGCUCGCGCAAGUGCUUGGCCAACUUGCUCGAGCUCUCGACGCGCGAAGGCUCGCGCUACACAUGGGACCUCGAGUCGGACGAGGCCAGCGUCUCGGUGUACCGCGUGCGCCGGUCCAAGAAGCCCGCGUCGAAAUGGUCCAACGUGUUUACCAAGGCGGCGCCGGCGCCGGCCGAGCCCAUCAUGUACUGCGCCGUGACCCAAGUAAGCGGGUCGUUGGAGGAGGUGGUGGACCUCUUCCAUGGCAACAUGAACGACUCGACGGAAAUGAAGAGCCUGCAUAAGCAGCUGCACCCGCACCUGCUCGACAUGCAGGUGCUCAAGACGCUCGAGGCACCGACCGAGUACAACCCGAUGCACUCGGUGCAGCUCCUUUGGCAGGCGUACAGCAUGGCGCCGACCGCGCUCUUCCGCCCGCGCGACUUUUGCCUCCUCCAGGCCCAAGACGAGUUUGUGAGUAGCACGGGUCGCCGCGGCUGGGCGCGCAGCCUCCAGUCGUUCGCGUCGCCCGUGUACCCGUCGCUCGAGGUGCCCCACGGCGGCUAUGUCCGCGGCUCGAUCUACGGGUCUGGCCACCUCUUCACCGAGUCGGCGACGCCGGGUUGCAUUGAUGUCGUCGCGGUCAUGUGCAUGGACCCGAAGAGCAACAUGCCGAGCUGGACGCAGUGCAUGAACAUCAAGCGCCACGUCAACAACCUCCACGUGCUCCACGACAUCCUCCACGACCGCCGCAUGAACGCCGAGGGCUUCUUGGGCGACUUGGACCUUGUGCCGAAAGCCUCGGUCGCGUCUUGCUACGUGUGCCGGAAAGCGUUCCACCUGCUCUCGCGCAAGAUCCAUUGCCGCAAGUGCGGCGUCGUCGUCUGCUCGAAAUGCACCCAAGAGCGCAACGCAACCCUCGACAAGCAAGGCCACACCAAGCUCGACGUGUGCAUCGUGUGUUGCGACACGGCCAAGUACCGCCCGAGCACGAGCGGCGCGAGCGACCGCGGCAGCGUCCAGAGUGGCAUCAAGGCGCGGUUCAGCAAUUUGCGGUCGCCGAUGCAGUCGCCAGUCGGCGACAACCGGUUCGCCAAGACACCGACGCGCCCGUCGUCGGCGCGGUCGCAGCAAGCGACGUACUUUGGCAUGAACCCCAAGCACGGCACCCGCGUCGUGCUCGUGCACUAA